AAGUGAGAGUGAGAGGAGGCAAAGGAUAAGAACAGUGAGGAAGAAUUGAGGAAGAUUCAGGAUAUCAAUGGCGAUUUCUUCAAUUUCUUCAAUUUCCUCAGCCCUAAUACCUUCUCUCACAACCCCAAAUUCUCCUUCGUCUGUCUCAAAACCAAAGUUUGCAUCUUUUUCCAUCGUUUCAUCCGCUUUCAGUGACUUGAAGCUUAGCAAUACUCUUAAACCCUCACCGUCACCCACUAGGGUUUUUGCUGCCCCCGAAGCUUUGGAGUCCCAAGAAGGCCCUGAUGAGUUUGAGGCUGUAGAUUCUGUGGAAUACAGUUCUCCAUCAAUUAGCGCUGAUGCAGACAAGCUGGCACCUAAGCAGAAGAUUAGAAUUAAACUUAGGUCAUACUGGGUGCCCCUGAUUGAGGACUCUUGCAAGCGGAUAAUGGAUGCUGCACGGACUACCAAUGCCAAGACCAUGGGUCCUGUGCCAUUACCAACAAAGAAGAAGGUAUUCUGCCUUCUCAAAUCCCCACAUGUACACAAGGAUGCAAGGUUUCAUUUUGAGAUCCGGACUCACCAGCGUCUCAUCGACAUUCUAUACCCAACUGCCCAAACAAUCGAUUCCCUGAUGCAGCUUGACCUUCCUGCUGGGGUAGAUGUAGAAGUUAAGCUCUGAAGAUGAAGAAGCAACACUGUAGCUUAGGUCAGUUUCUUAUGUUUUACAGUGACUUUCUUUUCUUCACCAUAUGUAUCAUCAUUGUUAUUUUUUAAUAGAGUUAUCUUGAUUACUUUGAGUUGUAAUUAAUCUGCUAAUGGAAAAACUCUUUGCAACUCAGUUGUAACUAUCUUGAAGCUGCUGAAGAGCUUUAUAAAGUGCUUAAAAAAUG